UCUAGUUAUUUUCCGGGGAGAACUCUACUUCAGUCAUGGCCAAGAGCAGUUUCUGUCUGGUGCCGAUCAUCUGCCAGUUUCUGGGGCUGCAGGCCGCCCUGCUGGAUUCUCUGCUGGAUCAGAGCAGCAUUUACUACCUGAAGCCCUCGGGGGAUGUGCUCCUUCAGAAUGUGGAUGUGUUGAGAACAACGGAGUCCGUUAAGCUAAUCGUUCAUGGCUACCUGGGAUCUCGCACGCAUGGCUCUAUUUUGCCGCUGAGAAAUGCUUACACCUCCCAGGGAUUCGAGAAUGUCCUCGUGGCUGACUGGGGACCAGCGGCCAAUCUGGAUUACCCCACCUCCCGUUUGGCGGUGAAGAAAGUCGCUCGGGUUCUUGCGAAACUGCUGGAGGAGUUCCUCCAGCGGCAUGGAAUAAAUCUCGAAGGGGUUCAUGUCAUAGGUCACAGCCUGGGAGCUCACAUCGCUGGAGGAAUUGGCCGGCACUUCAAUGGAUCUCUGGGCAGAGUCACAGGACUCGAUCCUGCGCUUCCCCUUUUCUCGAGUCGAUCGGAUGACAGCUUGCGCUCAAACGCCGCUCGAUUUGUGGAUGUGAUCCACACGGAUUAUCCCCUUUUCGGGGACAUAACACCUCGAGGCACAGUAGACUUUUACCCGAAUUUCGGACAGGCUCCCCAACCAGGUUGCGAAAACGUGGACGUUGUUGCCGCCAGUAAGCUACUUCAUGAGGCUUACAGUUGCAGUCACAACAGGGCAGUCUUGUUCUAUGCCGAGUCCAUAGGAAUGCCCAAUAACUUUCCCGCGGUUUCCUGCAGCUUAAGAAGCAUUAAAAGUCGACGUGUUGAGGAAUGCUUGAGGCGAAAAUCGAAGACUACAGAAAUGUCUGAUGAAGAUCGGACUAUUUUUAUGGGGGAGUACGUUAAUCAAACCGCCACCUUGUAUUUUUAUUUGGCAACCAACAGAUCGCCACCUUACGGUCAAGGCAGGAACUCCCGCUUUUAGUUGUACUUUUGAAUCUCUGAAAUAGAUGGCGCUAGCAACAUUUUAGGUGAGAAACAAUCGUUAUGUUUUACAAAGUCUGGCAAUAUUUUUUGUUAGUUUCCAAAUUGUAUUACUUACUAAUUUAAAUAAACACUUGAACAAAUGCACCUUUCUAUAAAUAAACUUAUACCU